UUAAUUCAUCGCUAUUCUUCUCUUUCUCACAACAACAAUGAGUGGAAUGAAUAAAAAAAAAUCACCGAAUCUUGAACAACUUCGUAUGGAACUAAAAACUAGAAGAUACAGAAGACAUAACCCAUAUACAAGACCCCAAACCCUAAACCCGCCAACAAAACCGUUUUCUUCAAGCUCAAGUUUCACCUCUUCAACUUCUCUCCCUCGCUCUUUUCCUAACAGAAAGCAUCAUCAACCACCACCGCCACCACCAAAACCUCCCGUGGCACGCAAGCAGCGAUGUACCAAUUGCCGGACUUGCUUCUCCGCACCACCUGGAGUGGUGCAGUUACCUUGUCCUAUAUGUCAAAUGGCGUCGUCUGCGGUGAAAAUCCAGUGUUUCCACUGUAAGGCGCUUGUGAAAGGACCGAGUGAUUUGGUGCAGUUUCCGUGUCCGCUGUGUUUUGUUAUUCUUGAUGUUGGUGAUGCUGAUCGUAAACAAGAAGAAGAAGUUAACGAGCUGGUUGAAGAAGUGGAGCAGGAAGAAGGUGAUGGAGGUGUCGCCGGAGAAACAUUUACAGAUUAUCGACCAUCCAAGCUAUCUAUCGGACCUCCACACCCAGAUCCGAUUGUAGAGACAUCUUCUUUGUCUGCAGUGCAGCCACCCGAGCCUACUUAUGAUCCAAUGAUUAAGAAUGAUUUGGAACGUUCAAAGGCUUUGUCAUGCUUGCAGAUUGAGACAUUGGUCUAUGCUUGUCAGAGACACCUUCAACACAUUCCCAGUGGUGCUAGGGCAGGAUUCUUUCUUGGAGAUGGAGCUGGUGUAGGUAAAGGUCGAACAGUUGCUGGGAUAAUCUGGGAGAACUGGCACCAUGGAAGGAGAAAAGCCUUGUGGAUUUCUGUUGGUUCAGACUUGAAGUUUGAUGCGAGAAGAGAUUUGGAUGAUAUGGGUGCAAGUUGCAUUGCAGUGCAUGCUUUGAAUAAACUGCCUUAUACUAAGCUUGAUACAAAGUCUGUUGGAGUUAGGGAGGGAGUUAUUUUCUCGACAUACAGUAGCCUCAUAGCAUCAUCUGACAGAGGUCGUACCCGUAUGCAACAGCUUGUGCAGUGGUGUGGACCCAAGUUUGAUGGUCUUAUAAUAUUUGAUGAGUGUCAUAAAGCAAAAAAUUUGGUUCCCGAAAAGGAUAAGAAGCCAACGAAAACUGGUCAAGCAGUACUUGAUAUACAGGCUCAACUACCUGAAGCUCGGGUUGUUUAUUGCUCAGCUACUGGUGCAUCUGAACCUCGCAAUAUGGCUUAUAUGGUUCGUCUUGGCCUUUGGGGAGCUGGGACUUUUUUCCCUGAUUUUGGUGAAUUUCUAGGUGCUCUUAACAAUGGGGGUGUUGGAGCUCUAGAACUAGUUGCAAUGGACUUGAAAGCAAGGGGGAUGUAUUUAUCUCGCACACUUAGCUACAAGGGUGCUGAGUUUGAAAUUAUUGACGCACCAUUAGAUGAUAGAAUGAUGCAUGCGUAUAAAAAGGCUACAGAAGUUUGGAUGGAUUUGCGUAAGAAGUUGCAGUCUGUCAUUGAGUUAAUAUCUGACAAAAUUAAUACCAGACAACUAUGGCGAUCAUAUUGGGCAAGCCACCAGAGAUUCUUCAGACAUAUGUGUAUGUCUUCUAAAGUUCCUACUGCAGUGAAACUGGUGAACCAAGCAUUAAUGGAAGACAAGUGUGUAGUCAUAGGUCUGCAGAGUACGGGGGAAGCAAGGACAGAGGAAGCUGUUUCAAAAUACGGCUCUGAAUUUGAUGACUUUAUUUCUGGACCUCGUGAGUUGCUACUAAAAUUUGUUGAGGACAAUUUCCCAUUGCCACAAAAGCCUGAACUUCUCCCCGAAGAUGACGGAGUAAAGGAGCUUCAAAGGAAGAGGCACUUGGCAAGUCCUGAUGUUUCAGGAAAAUCUCGAGUCAGAAAAGUAGCUAAGCGGCAGCCGCCUAGUGAUUCUGAAAGUGAUGAAGAAUCUGAAACUGCCUCUGUUCCUGAAUCUUCUGAUUCUGAUUACGGACCAGAAGGGAAUGAAAGUGCUGCCUCUGGUCUUGAAUCUUCCGACUCUGAUUAUGAGGAGUUUCAGAAAUGUGAAAUUUGCAGCACUGAAGAGGAAAGGGACAACUUGUUGCAGUGUUCCCACUGUGGAAAAUACGCUCAUCACUCAUGCUUGGUGCCACCAAUUAGCGAUUUUGUUCUUGAGGAAUGGGCAUGUGAUUUGUGCAAGGAUACAACCGUAAACUAUCUCCCUCCUGGAACAGAUAUAAUUGAACUCCAGAAAAGGUAUGACACAGCCAUGGAGUGCAAGAAAAAUAUAUUAGAGAUGAUUUGUGCUUUGGAUCUUCCAAACAAUCCCUUGGAUGAUAUUAUUGAUCAGUUAGGAGGCCAUGACAAAGUUGCAGAAAUUACAGGAAGGAAAGGAAUGCUUGUGAGGGCCCCAAGUGGAACGGGUGUGUUUUAUCAGACUCGAAAUACAAAAGAUGUCACUGCCGAGAUGGUCAACAUGAAUGAGAAAAAGCUCUUUAUGGAAGGUAAGAAGUUAGUGGCCAUCAUCUCUGAAGCUGGAUCAGCUGGUGUUUCGUUGCAGGCAGACCGAAGAGUGAUAAAUCAGAAAAGAAGGGUUCACUUGACUCUUGAACUUCCAUGGAGUGCCGACCGAGCAAUUCAGCAGUUUGGAAGAACUCAUAGAUCCAAUCAAGUCUCAGCACCAGAAUACAGGUUACUAUUUUCAAACCUUGGUGGAGAACGCCGGUUUGCAUCAGCUGUUGCUAAGAGAUUAGAAUCCCUUGGAGCUUUGACUCAGGGAGAUCGUAGGGCAGGGCCUUCGUUAAGUGCAUAUAAUUAUGAUAGUGCUUAUGGGAAGAGAGCACUGAUGCUUUUGUACAAUGGAAUACUGGAGCGGGAUCCCCUUCCUGUUGUACCUCCAGGAUGCUUAUCUGACAGACCAGAUACAAUCAAAGAUUUUAUUAUGCAGGCAAAAGCUGCUCUUCUUUCCGUUGGAAUUUUUAAGGACGACGGCCUUGGAGAUGAUGAUAUGAAUUGCUACAUUGAUGAUAAAAAUGAUAUACACAAUAUUGGACGAUUUCUCAACCGGCUUUUAGGAAUAGCUCCUGAGACUCAGAAUAGGCUAUUUGAGUUAUUUGUGAAUAUCUUGGAUCUUCUUGUUAAUAAAGCUCGCAUUGAAGGUAACCUUGAUACAGGCAUUGUUGACUUGAAAGCUAAUGUCAUUGAACUGCAAGGGACUCCAAAGACAGUCUAUGUUGAUCAAAUGAGCAGGGCUUCAACUGUUCUGUUCACAUUCACCUUGGAUCGUGGGGUUUCAUGGGAGUUGGCAAAUACCAUGCUGAAUGAGAAGCAGAAGGUUGGAUUUUGUUCAACUGGUGAUGGCUUCUAUAAGUCCAAGAGGGAGUGGUUGGGAAAACGUCAUGUUAUUUUAGCAUUUGAAAGUUCGGCUCCAUCUAUGUAUAAGAUAGUUCGUCCUCCUACCGGAGAAUCAACGCGGGAUAUGCAUCUGCUAGAAUUAACUAGAAAAUAUUCAAAAGUUUCAUCUUUAAAGGAGGCCCAAAUUGGUUGGGAAACCGAAUAUGAAGCUUCAUUUAAACAGUGCAUGCAUGGUCCCAAUUGUAAGAUUGGUAAGUUCUGUUCAGUUGGCUCAAGAAUACAACAAGUAAAUGUCUUAGGUGGUGUUAUUCUUCCUGUUUGGGGAAACAUAGAUAAGGCGCUCUCUAAGCAGGCCCGACACAUGCAUAAGAGGCUACGCAUUGUUCGUGUUGAAACUACAUCAGAUAACAGACAUAUAGUAGGGCUUCUUGUUCCUAAUGCAGCAGUUGAAACUGUGCUUCAAGGUUUAUCAUACGUUAUAGAACUGGAUGAUUGACCCGAGGCAUCAGUCUUUCCCUUUUUUGAAGAUCACAAGCACUUUUUUGUUUUAGGUAAAGGCUUAAGUUUGUUGCUGAAUUUUGAGGAAAUGAAAGCCGCUGUUCUCAUUGACAUCUAACACGAUUCUGCAAUCUCCAUUUCAAUCUUUUGAUUACAUCAUCCAGUUGUGUAUAAUUCAAAGUUGUAUAUUUAUAUGGGUGAUCAUUGAAAUAGGAAAAUACUAUAGAUGGCUUUGCUUUAACAUAUGAUAUAUGAACUCAAUUGUCAUAUGCUAGACUUCAUUAUUUUUUGUUUGAAAAAUGAUAUGCUACACAUUA